ACCAGAUGCAAGACUUGGCGUGCUUCCCGUCCACUCUGGUAUGUGGUCUCUCGAGUCACUUCCAUAGAGCUCAGACCAUAUAAGAUGUCUCUUACCAUGAUGCAGCAGACAUAAUCUAAACUGGAGACGAGAAGAGCAACUCAGCAAAGAAAACUGUUGAACUCAGAAAUUCACUGCAACUGAAGAAGAAAAAGAAGAAAACUACAGCUGGCUUACUGGUCUACCUUCUGAUACAACAGCCACCCUGCAACUACAGUCUACAGAGUCAAGAUCAUCAUGAAUACUGCAAUGGCUGUUAUCGUUCUUCUGGUGUUCUCAGACGUCAUCUGCAUGAUACAAGGGAGAACUAUAGAAGAUCCUCGGUGCCGGUGUCCUACAGUACAUACAGGGGGGGUGAAUAUCAGUUUAAUCCGGAAACUGACCUAUUACCCUCCUCGCUCACACUGCUCUAAUGAAGAACUCAUUGUCACACUGAAAUCUGGAGGUUUGCUCUGUCUCGACCCAAAUGGGAGCUUUGCCAAAAAACUGAUUAAAAGACAGACCAAAAAUCAACAGCGUCAGAAUCAACGUUCCAUUCAGACUCUCUCCACACAUACUACCACUAGCACUUGAUUUGUCUGGCACUGGAAGCUGUUCCACCCUGCAACCCCUCUACUGGCUUGCCUCUGAAGCGGGGUUGGCCCAGGUCGAGCCAAGAAUGGGAGACCGUAAACAGAACGACUGGUGUAGGAGCACCAGUAGGGGGCACUGUUUCCUCUGGUCCAAAGAGACAUAAAUCCUUUCCUGCAUUGAAAUUACCCACUGGCCUAAUGGGUGGAAUGUAAUUCAUAGGUUUCAUAAUUUCAUAAUUAAUGAAUGUAUAUAUUUUUUUGUUGUUGCCGAAAAUCCGGUGUUUCUAUGUGAAACAGUUUUGUUAUAUUUCAGUCUUCUGUGGUGUAUAUUGUUAGGUUCUAAAUGAACCUAGUAAAACUCUCUUGAUGGUUAGUAAAGUUUAAACCAAGUUUAUUCGCCCAUUGGGUCAAUACAGCUGCUUCAGACAAAAGACAUAUUCACACAAGCACUGAUAUUUAACCCUUUCUCCUAUGCUGAGUCUCCUCCUACACAUCUGAAUAGCCAAUACAUCUCUGUUGCUAGACAGAACCUUAGUGAUACCUGUUCUUCCUCACUUCAUCUGACCUGACCUCUAACCCAAAGUGCUCACUCCUCUUAUCAGUGCUGCCACAUGUGAUCGUUUUCCCUGCACUCAGCACAUUCCAAGCUUAAUUCCCCCCACCAUAUACCUUCCUCCUACAGAUAACCAUUCACUUCUGGUGUAGACCCUCUCCAGACCAUAUCACUCAAUAUUUUAAUAGGAUACCUGAUAAUUAACCCUAUUUCAAGUUUUAGGAGGCAGAACCCAGAAUCCAUCAAUAUAAAGUCAAAUAUUUGGGUGCAAACUCAAAAUGAUAUA